AUGCUAGCUCAGUAGCAGCCAUGGGGUGCUGGGCCUGGGUGCCUGGCGCUUGGCUCCGGCCGGGACCAUCUCUGUUCCUGCUGCUGCUGCUGGUACCCCUCAGGGCGCAGCCCCAGGGCGGCAGGAACCAUACGGAAUCCCUUGAACCUAACGCCACAGUGACCCCUGGGACCACCAUGGUCCUUGUAACCUCAGUAACCCCUGCAACCCCAACCACAAGUGCUCCAGAGGCAGAGGGACCCCAUGCAGUGCUCACCGAGGACGGGCAGCCCUGCCGGUUCCCCUUCCGCUACGGUGGCCGCAUGCACCACUCCUGCACCUCGGAGGGAAGCGCCCACAGGAAGUGGUGUGCCACGACACACAACUAUGACCGGGACAGGACCUGGGGCUACUGUGUGCAGGCCUCCCAGCCCCGGGAGGGCUCAGCCGCCGUGGAUCCCUGUGCCUCUGGCCCGUGCCUCCACGGGGGCUUGUGCUCCAGCACCCAGGACCUCGAGUCGUACCACUGCACCUGCCCCGUGGCCUUCACGGGCAAGGACUGUGGCACAGAGAAAUGCUUUGAUGAGACCCGCUACGAGCACCUCGAGACGGGGGAUCGCUGGGCCCGAGUGCAACAGGGCGGAGUGCAACAGUGCGAGUGUGCUGGGGGCCGGGCCCAGUGUGAGGGCGCCCGCCACACAGCGUGCCUGAGUAGCCCGUGCCUGAACGGGGGUACCUGCCACCUGAUCGUGGCCACGGGGACCACCGUAUGUGCCUGCCCCCAGGGCUAUGCUGGGCGACUCUGCAACAUUGUACCCACCCAGCACUGCUUCACGGGGAACGGCACAGAAUACCGAGGUGUGGCCAGUACGGCAGCCUCAGGCCUCGGCUGCCUGGCCUGGAACUCCGACCUGCUUUACCAGGAGCUGCACGUGGACUCGGUGGGCGCCGCAGCUCUGCUCGGCCUGGGCCCCCACGCCUACUGCCGGAACCCGGACAAGGACGAGCGGCCCUGGUGCUACGUGGUGAAGGACAGCGCGCUCUCCUGGGAGUACUGCCGCCUGGCAGCCUGUGAAUCCCUCGGCAGAAAUCAGCCCCCGCCCCUCGACACCCUGCUGUCCCUGCCUGAGCCGGUCCCAGCCGAGCGCCAGGGCUGCGGCAGGAGGCACCGGAAGAGGAGCUUCCUGCGGCCGCGCAUCAUCGGUGGCUCGUCCUCGCUGCCCGGCUCUCACCCCUGGCUGGCCGCCAUCUACAUUGGGAACAACUUCUGCUCUGGGAGCCUUGUGCACACGUGCUGGGUGGUGUCCGCGGCCCACUGCUUCUCCAACAGCCCCCCAAGGGAGCGCGUCUCGGUGGUCCUGGGCCAGCACUUCUUCAACCGUACGACAGAUGUGACGCAGACAUUUGGCAUCGAGAAAUACAUCCCGUACCCCCAGUACUCGGUGUUCAGCCCCAGUGACCACGACCUUGUCCUGAUCCGACUGAAGAAGAAGGGGGCCCGCUGUGCUGUGCGCUCCCAGUUCGUCCAGCCCAUCUGCCUGCCUGAGCCUGGCAGCCCCUUCCCCACUGGACACAAGUGCCAGAUUGCAGGCUGGGGCCACCAGGAUGAGAAUGUGAGCGGCUACUCCAGCUCGCUGCGGGAGGCUCUGGUCCCCCUGGUCGCCGACCACAAGUGCAGCAGCCCUGAGGUGUAUGGGGCCGACAUCAGCCCCAACAUGCUGUGUGCUGGCUACUUUGACUGCAAGUCUGAUGCCUGCCAGGGGGACUCAGGUGGGCCCCUGGCCUGUGAGAAGAAUGGGGUGGCCUACCUGUAUGGCAUCAUCAGCUGGGGCGAUGGCUGUGGGCGCCUCAAUAAGCCUGGGGUCUACACCCGUGUGGCCAAUUACGUGGACUGGAUCAACGACAGAAUUCGGCCCCCUAAGCGACCUGCGGAGCCCUCCUGAGACCCCCGGGCAUCCUGCCUCUGCACCAUCCCUGCCUGGCUGGCAAUAAAUGCGACCCCGAGAA